AAGCUGUAUGAAACAGUUUCUAAAAGAAAUUUGUUGGUACAACAGCGACUUGAGCAUAAAAGUUCUCAAUAAUUGUUUUCUGUUGUUGAAUUGUAAACACAAGUAUAGAAAUGAGAACUCGGACUUUAUUUGGACAAGUUUGUUUAUAUGUUAUUCUUUUGUUUAGCCAUGACUAUUGCUCACCUCUCGAAGUAAGCAAUAUCACGGAUGAUAAUCUCAUUAAUGGGAACUAUCUAAUUAAUAUGGCAGACAAAAUGGACAACCCGUUGUUGAAACUUCUUGGUAAAGCAUUUCAAGGCAUUGAACAAACUGUAAGUGAACUAGAUACUCAAGCAAUGUUACAAAAUGAAGCUUUGGAAAACAUUGGAAAUAUCACCAAUAAUAUCGAAAAGAUAAGUAAAAAGGUGGCUGCUCAAGUUGUAGACAUUUGUAAUUUACAUCCAUGCAAUGAAUGGAGUAUGUGGACAAAUUGUGAUGCAAAAACAAAAGGAGCAUUUGGUACGCAAAGACGAAUGAGAAAAUGUGGUUAUAGUUCGGAACUUUGUACGAGGAAAAACGAAACAAAGCGUAUUGAAAAAGAUUUUAAACUUUGUGAAUAUUCUCCAUCUUGUUUGCCGAGCUACAAUCUAACAGAAGAAGGUUUUUGUGUUAAGUUGUAUACCGAUACUAAAACUUGGUUUGACGCUAAUCAGCAGUGUUCUGAUGAUGGAGGACAUUUGAUUACUAUUUUGUCUGCUACGAAGUCUUCUCUCGCUGAAGCUAUUUUUAAUCGUUAUAGUGUAAGCGAUGUUUGGAUAGACGGGAUUAAGAAGUCAAGUACAGGAGAAUGGCAAUUUGUGAAAAAUUUCGACGUAUAGGAAUUGGGGAGUGUUUCAACCAGAUGACACCUUGUACCCAAGCUGCAUAAAUAUUUAUAGAUCCUCUUAUUGGUAUGAUGAUCCGUGUACGAACAAAUACAGUUUCAUGUGUGAAAUCGAUUUAGAGAUUUUACCUAACUGAGUCUGGAUUUGUGCUAUAUGAGACAGACAAUUUCUUAGAUAAAUUUUCUAGUACGUCGUUAUUGCAGACACUGUGACGAUAAAUUGCAUUUCAGAAUGCUUGUACUAUGCGCUUAAAGACAGAAAUAUUGAUGUCGGUGACCCCAUUUUUGCUCUUAAUUGUUAUUUUAUGCUAAGAUCAUGCAAAUUUUAAAAGUAUAAUUGGCAUAAAGUACAUUUGAUGAUGCUUAAUUUUUAGCAAGAUAGUUUUCAGUCAUCAAUUCAGUCAUCAUUUAAAACAGACAUGAAACAGCUGCAGCAAAUAUUUUUGUAAUGUUGCAUGUUAUUUGAUAUAUUUUAUUGCUAAUAAGAUGGUGGUCACCCCUGCUUUAAAAAUUGCUACUUUGUCUAGUCAUGUGCCCGUAGAGAAGAUUUUACAGCACAAAAUAAAAAAAAUUAAAUGUUAUGCGU